AUGACAACACAGACCUGCCCACACAAGGCGGGGGGGCGGCGCCCCUCACCAGCAGGACUGGACGUGGCGUGCUGGUGCUUCCGGGGGGCGCGGGGGGCGGCCCCAGCCCCCCCCAUUGAACACUGGAUCACCCUUGAGCCCCGCGGGGCGGAGGACAUCCUCCCUGAGGAGUGCCUGUCUCCAUGGCAGGGGCGCGGCGAUCCCCUACUGCCCUCCCCGCCCCGGGAGCCUCCACCCCUUGCCACCAGCACCCCCAGGCGUGCCCGCUCGCCCAGACCCACGCCUCCUCCCCGCCACGAUGACCGGAGGCCCCGCCACUCAGCUGGGCACCGUGCCUCACCGCCCACGCCCCCUCCGCGGGCCAGCAAGACCCCUAGCCCCCACAAGGCGCGGGGCAAUGGCGGGGGACGCGGCACGCCCCGAAGGCGACCUCGGCGACCUCAGGUGCGGCGGGCGCGGUCCCGCCCCGUCCCAGAGCCAGUGGCGCCCACCACGUCCACUGCCCAGCAGGGCCCGCCGCCCCCGGGCUAUGGCGGAGAGUUGGGUGGGAGGGCGUGGCGCUGCCGCCCCUGGACGUGUCCUACACAGCCUACCUCACGCCAGACGUGCUCACGCCCACCCCUUCCCCGCUCCGCCCCUGGAAACCCCAGGAGGAGUGGGAAGGGGAGGAGGAGGAGGGCGCCCUGGUGCACCACAACCCCCUGUACUGGAUGGCGCGGCGCCCCCCGCCCCCAGGUAGCCGUCCAACCCCGCCAGGCUCCCCUGUGCCCCCUGAGUACAGCCCCAAACCCCGCCUGCCCCGCCUGGCUGAGCGGCCCCCGGGCCCCGCCCCGCCUUACUCGGGGUCUGGCGCACCCCUCCGUCCCGCGGCUCCCUGCCACCACAGAAGGGGGCGGCCGUCCCCGACAGGGUGCCUCACACUACGCCAGCGUGGCCAUCCUCCCCCGUCCCCCGCUGCCCCCGAUGCCGCCCCGCCCCGCCCCCAGGCAGGAGCCCCGCUACGCCAGGCUGGGGCGCCCCCCAGCCACCAUCUAUCCACACUAUGCCACGGUGAGGGCGCGGCGGCCCUCCCCCCACACGCCGACCACCUUGCACUACGCCACGUUGCGGCCUGCCCCUCCACAGCCUCGCCUCGUCCCGCAGCCCCGCCCCAGGAAGCAGGAGCGCCCCCGCCACAUCCCCGCCCUGCGGCACCCUGCCGCCGCCCCGCCCCCCAGGCCGCCCCGCCCGCCACACGCCCUCAACCCUUACCGCCCAGAGCCGCCCCCACUAACGGCGCGCCCCCGCCACGACCCCCACACCCUUGUGCGACCCCGCCCUCGCUACGACCCACAGGCGGGGCGUGGGGGGCGGUGCUUCAAGGCGCGGGGGGGCGCGGCGCGGCGUCCUCCUCACCACAGGAUGUUCCACCUCCCUGAUGACGCCCGCUAUGUCUACCUCGUGCACGCCCUCAUACACCUCCUGGCCGCCCUGGAGAAGGACCUCCAGAGCGAGAUAGAGACAGUGUUGGCGAGCCUCAACGCAACUGGGCAGUUUGGGAAUUUUAAGAGGCGGUCAUUUUAA